AUGUAUGUAUUAUCACAAUUAAAUCUAUUAUUAUUAUUAUUUGUUACCAUUUUUUGUAAUAUAACAUUCUAUGAGCAUGACAAAAUUAAUGACGAAGAUCCAUUGCAAUAUACUUGGUCCAUAUUAGUAUCACUUAGAUAUGAUUGUCAACAUAAGAAUGAUCCAAUUACACAUUGUUGUAGUGGAACAAUUCUUACUGAAUCAUAUAUUCUUACAGCAGCUGAUUGUGUUGAUAGUUUGCCCAAAGAUACAUCAUUAGCUAAUGUGACAGUUGCUGCUCGUAUUGAUAAUCGAUCUGAAUUAGGUCAGAUAAUUCGAUACGUUGAUCAAAUUAUUAUUCAUCCAAACUGGAAAAAUGAUCAUAAUGGUCGAAAGCAUAAUAUUGCUCUUUUACAUUUAUCAACUUCCUUAGAUUUUACUGCAGAUAAAUAUGUUACUCAAAUACGUCGACCAACAAGCUUUAGUUUAUUACAAGAUAUUCUAAAAUAUCCAUCAAAUAGCACACGGCUAUUGGCUAUUGAAUUGGAUCGUGCUAAAAAACAUUUUGAUUCUACAUCAUAUGUUAAUCUACAACAAUAUGAAGUAUCUUUAGUAGAUAACAAUGAUCCAAUAUGUCAUAAAUUGAUUUAUGAUGUCGAACAACAAUUUUGUAUUAGGUUAUAUGAUGCUGUAAAAGAUGCAUGUAAUCAUAAAUCUGGUCAACCCAUUUUACAAUGGAUUAACAACUAUUGGAUGCAGGUUGGUAUAAUAAGUUUUGUUGUAGAAGAAACAAAUGGAAGUUGUCUAGGUAUUUAUACCAGACUAGCAUAUUAUCAUAAAUGGAUAGACUCCGUUCUAAAUUUGAAAAGUCUUACAUCGUUACCUAUUGCAAGAAAUACUGAUUUAAUCACAAAUCUUACUACAACUUAUAAAUGUGUCGCAUCUAUAGUAUCAUGCGGUUGUGGCAAGGAAAAUGUUAACUUAUCAUCGACAAAAAUUAUUGGUGGUGAAGAAGCAGUUCCAUAUAGUUGGUCGAUGGUUGUAUCUAUUCGUUUAAACAGUUCCGAGAAACAUUCAUGUGCUGGAUCGAUUCUUACUGGAUCAUAUAUUUUAACAUCAGCAUAUUGUGUUUAUGGUGCAUCAGAAUUGGAAAUGUCUGUUGCUGCUGGUAUACAUAAUCAAAUCGGAGAUUUCUCAAUGAUUCGUUAUGUACAUGAAGUUCAUAUACAUCCUAAUUGGAAUGGAAGUGAUGGUACUUAUCGCAAUGAUAUUGCUCUAUUACGUAUCUUUCCUCCGUUAUUCAUUCCUGGUAAUUUAGGCCUUGCUCGAACAUGUGUUCCAUAUUUUAAUUCAAUAAAUGAAACAGUAAACUAUCCAUCAAAUGGUAGUCAUUUAAUUAUUGUUGGCUGGGGUUCAACUCAAUAUGGUUAUAAUAUGUCUAAUAGACUUCAGCAAGCUAGUAUAUAUAUGAUUGAUAACAAUGAUCACAUAUGUCAACAAUCGAUUCAUGAUGUCGAACGACAAUUUUGUGCUGGAAUGUAUGGAAAAGAUCCAUGUCAAGGUGAUUCGGGUGGUCCAAUUUUUCAAUGGAAAGGUACUUAUUGGGAACAGGUAGGUAUUAUAAGCUAUGGAGGAAGAUGUCAUCAAAUUGGUUCUCCGGCUAUUUUUACACGAUUAGCUUAUUAUUUUAAUUGGAUGGAAUCUGUAAUGAAUAUCUCAUUAACUACAACUACGCCAAAACCUCCACCAACACCAAUUUCAUAUACUUGUGAUAAAGCAUCAUCAUGUGGUUGUGGCAAGGCUGAUGUAUUUCUAACAUCUUCUCGUAUUGUUGGCGGUGAAAAUGCCAAGGAAAAUAGUUGGCCAAUGAUUGUAUCUCUUCGUUUACAUGGUACUAAUAACCAUUCAUGUGGUGGAACAAUCUUAUCUAAUUCAUAUAUUCUUACUGCUGCUCAUUGUCUUCGUCAAGUAUCAAUAGAAAAUUCUACAGGUAUUACAAUUGCAGCAGGCAUGACAAAUCGAUCUGAUCCAUUACAAAUCAUACGUAAUGUUGAUCGUAUUUAUAUACAUCCAAAUUAUACAAAUACGCCAAAUGAUUAUCAGCAUGAUAUUGCUUUAUUACAUAUUGAUCGACCAUUUGUAUUUGAAAUAAAUUCAAGUGUGACAAGAACAUGUAUUCAUCGUAUUGAGUCAAACAAUCAAUAUCCAAAGAAUGGUACUCGUCUUGCUAUAAUCGGAUGGGGUGUAUUUCUCUCUGGAACUUUAUAUCUUCCAGAAAUUCUUCAACAAACACAAGUGUUUGCAAUUGAUGAUCAAAAUCCUAUAUGUUUAAAUUCUAUUGAGAAUACUGAAUUACAAUUCUGUGCUGGAUUAUUUGAAGGUGGAAAAGAUUCUUGUCAAGGUGAUUCAGGUGGACCAAUAUUUCAAUGGACAGGACAAUAUUGGGAACAAGUGGGUAUUGUAUCAUAUGGAAUAGGAUGUGCACUACCGAAUUUUCCAGGUAUAUAUACUCGACUAUCUUAUUAUUACAAUUGGAUAGAAGAAAUUCUAAAAAGUGAUGGCGAACAUUUGGAACCAAACAUUCUAUUAAAUGUAACUACAAUUUCUACUACCGAUAUCUCAUAUUGGUCAUCUCCUACGACUUCGAAGACGAUACCAAAUAUGGCAUAUAAAUAUGAAUUUAAUAUGUUGAUAUUCGUACCAUUCCUUGUUUUAUUCUUACUAUUUCAAAUGUAA